GCUCACAUUGACCUUAAGGAAUUUGGGGGGCAGGUAGUCUUCCUUCUGGUUCUGGGGCUUGGCUGUGCGCCUCCUGCUGUCCGCUAAGGACUUGGCCCUUUCACUCCCUCAAUUGUAGGCGUGUGCUUCUCUCUACCUUUGCAGGCACCACCCUGACAGGCUCCUCCUCAAGACGGGGGUUCUGCCGGCCUCCUCAGGCCACCAGCGCAGGGCGCGGCCUCAGGCAGCUUGUGCCUACCGCGGACUGGACUCCUUAUUUUGUUUCUUUACCCUGUGCUCAAGGAACCCUGAGGGCGCAGCUGCAGCAGCUCUGGUCGCACCCUAGGCCGCCUGGGCUCAGAAAGGACCAUGGCAAUGAGAGCCACCACCAAGUGCAAUCUUUCUCUGAAUCUGGGUCUUUUGGUGCUGCUGAAUUUUCUGGGGACCGCGAUGCUAGACGAUGUACACUCUGUUAGUUGCAACUUGAUCAUCAGGUCUCCUACCAAAGCAGAACUGCUCUGGUAUGAAGGACAGUGUUCAAUGGAUGGAAUUGAUUUCCUUUCUUUUAAUAACGUGAACAAGACCAUGCCUUUGGGUAACCAGGAGAAGAUGGCAAAUGCCACCGAAGUGUGGACAUGUUUGACCCAGUGGAUAGAGCUAUUGGGCCAGGACUUAAGGGAUAAGGUGUCUGAAAUCAAAGGGGACACUACCAAGACCAGUGGUCACCCCACUUUACGGGUCACCAUGCUUUCUAACCACAGCCAUGGACAAAUCAUUGGUGCUUCCUGGGAACUCAACAUCAGUGAGAAUUAUUCCUUCAUCUUGGACCUAAAGACUAUGAAGUGGAAACUGAUUAAUCCUGUACCAGAGGACAUAAUGAAAGAAUGGAAAGAUGAUGCGACAUUAAUGAAACAUCUGAAUUUGUCCAUAGUAGAGUGCAGUCAGAAAUUCAAUGAAUUCUUAAAUCAGCACGAGGAAAGAACAAGAUCAACAACAAGGGCCCCAGAUAUCACCCAGCCUCCACCUACCAGCCAGGUUCCUUAUAAGGAAGUAUUGAUCCCUGUAGGACUCAUCAUUUCCAUCAUCUUUAUUAUUUUCAUUUGCAUAUGUGUGAAGAGGAUGUGUUGUCCCCAAGGAGGUAGAGAACUUCAGCUGCUCAAGGACUACUGCAUCAACUGGCACAAGCCACAGAGGAAUGAGGGGCUAGAUGAAACAGGAGGAGAGGUUCCCAACCAGAGAACCAAAAUGCUGUCCCAGGAGGAAGAUCCCAAGACAUUGGGAGGCCCCAGGAGGGCAUCGGAUCCUGUGGAACUGGAGUUACAGAUGAUUUCGAGUACUGGGAGCUGAACGCAGAACCUCUCCAAGAACAGCAAGGGAACUUCUGAGCCUUCUCUCAAACCCUCGAAUAUUUUUUUUCCUUAAAAAAGAUUUUUAUUUUGUUUAUGUAUAUGAGUACAGUGUCUCUGUGUUCACACACACCAGAGGUGGGCAUCAGAUCCCAUCACAGAUCGCUCUGAGCCAGUAUGUGUUGCUGAGAGUUGAACUCAGGACCUCUGGAGAGUGAGCAGUUCUCUUAAGCGCCCAGCCGUCUCUUCAGAUUAAUAAAUUUC